AUUUUAUGACAAUCACUUGUAUCACAUUGAAAAAUAAAAAAAAUAAAAAAAGACUCAUAUAAAGACACCAUGUUUUUGUUGUUGUCAAAAAAAAAAAAAAAAUUAUCUGUACCUCUCCUUUUCUCUCAUUUUUUUUUUCUCUACAAGCGUUGAUCGCAUUUCUACCAGUACCUUUUUUUUUUUCUGUAAAAAAAAUAAAAUAAAAAUGAAGCAGGCUUCUCUCCUUUUAAUCCUGUUACUAUCAACACUUGUCAUUGCCGCACCCUUUAACAAGCGUAUCCCAAAAUGUUAUAAAAAAGUCAGAAUCACUCAAUACUGGAUUCCCAAAGAAGGCGAAGUAGACAUGACAAACGACGGUGGCAAAGUCACUUUAGAUGGCUCCAAGACCAAAUCCUUAAAGACAGAUAACGGCAAACUUAUUGCAAAAGUGUCCAAGACAACCUAUGAAAAGUUUCAAAUGGAAGGUACCGGUUUACUUAAAUCAGGCAUCAUGGUGAAUUUAGGCAGCAGCACCGACUCUUUUAUGAAGCUCAAUCGUGGCGAGACUCCCUAUGGAUUAGGAAGCAAUUCCGAGGGCCUGGUGCCUUGGGUCAGUGUCGCUUCAAAUGAUAUCAAGCGAGGAACUACUUUAUUCAUCAAGGAAUUAAACGGCUUAAAAUUACCUGACGGAAAGACCCAUAAUGGCUGUGUCCGCGUAGAUGAUGAAGGCUGGAGUUUAAGCGGCUGUCAAAUCGAUUUCUUUGUUCUCCAAUUCAGUGCUUACAAGACUUUAACCAAGACCAUACCAGAGUCCGUGACAGUCGAGGAAAGAUCUUGUAAAAUCCAGAGUUACGUUACCACUGCCGUCAAGAAGUGGGCAGUUCUUAAGUUAUAAUAAAAAAUAAAAAUAAAAAGAUACCUUAUAUUCUCCCAAUACCUAUAAAUAAA